CCGCCAUCGAAAGGCAGGAGAGGAAUUAAACAAGGCACAGAAUGAUUAUAAACAGUAUUCCGGAAGGAGCUCUGCUGGAAAUUCUGUCCUUUGUCCCGGCCUACGAUCUCCUGCGCUGUCGGCUGGCCUGCACUCUGUGGAGGGAUACUAUUGACUCACCGGCCUUGUGGAAGAGGAAGUCUCGGAAGAAUGGACUUGUCUCCAAGCAGUGCCAAAGAAUCCCACCUGACUGGAAGAUGUUCUACUUCCUCCACAAGAAAAAGAGGAAUUUACUGAAAAACCCCUGCGCUGCAGAGGGUAUCCAGCACUGGAACAUAGAGGAGAAUGAUGGGGAUGAGUGGAAAGUGGAGCAGCUCCCGGGAGCCCAUGGACAGCCAUUUCCAGAUGAAAAAGUUAAAGAUUACUUUGUCACCUCUUAUGGCUUGUGCUUAAAAAGCCAGCUGAUUGACCUUUACGAGGAGGGAUAUCCUGAGCAAUGGAUGGACGUCAUGCAGCCGGAUAUAGUCAUCGGGGACUGGUAUGCCGCCAGACACGAUUGUGGCUGUAAAUAUGAGUUGUGUGUGCAGCUGCUCUCCAAGGAGAAGACCAUUAUCCAAGAGUUUCUUCCGGAUCAGAUUGUCAUGAUGCAGUGGAGUGACGCCAAGUGGUCUCAGAUUGAACACCGAUUUAAAAACUAUGGCCCGGGAGUCCGAUACAUCUACUUCCGGCAUGGGGGACAGGACACCCAGUUCUGGAGCGGCUGGUACGGUAUUCGAGUGACCAACAGCAGCAUCACCGUUGACCCAGGAGACCUCAGCAUGUAGCACAAGGGCAACGUGGACAUCAUUCUAUAUGCUUGUAUAAAGGACACC